CCCCUCACGGCCCCUCACGGCCCCUCAGCCCCAGGCGCGCGGCUCCUCCCAAAGGAGAAGGGGUCGGGCCCUGCUUGUUCUCCUUUUAUUUCGCUCCCUUCACAGCCACCAGUCAAGAAAGGCUGAAAUGGAGCCUUUCCCCAGCGCUCCCCUCGGGGUUAAUCGCGGCUGCAGCUCUGUGCUGCCGCUGGCCCCAGCGCCAACAUCCCCGCAGCCCCGCAGGCCUUUGCUGUCCCCCCGUGUCCAUUCGCUGUCCCCGAGUCCCGCCCGGCUCUGGCAGCAGCAGCAGCCGCAGCGCAGCGGGCGCCGGCCCGGCCCAGCCGCGGCUCCCGGCCAGGAGCAGCAGCAGCGCCGGCCCCUUCCCGCCUGCUCCUGCCUCGCCUGCCAAGGGCCUUUUCCAGCUGGACUCUGCACUGCAGCAGCCAUCACCCACACACAGCCCUGACUGCCCAGGGCCCGCCUGGGCUGCCCUCAGCAGCCUCCAGAGAAAGAAAGGCUCGGCUUCCAGCGCUCUUUGCAGCGCUCUUUGACUCACCCUCAGGUGACAGCAGCAGGCUGCUCUUGCCUUUGCCCUGGCAACUGGAGAUGGCGCCUGCUCUUGCACCCUUCUGGCUGCAUAGUGAAUUUGAGCAGCUCAACUGCAAUUGCCUUUUUCCACCAUUGCUACCCACUGUGCUUUUGUGACAGUGAACUCAGGAGUUUUGUGGCAGGCACCAUGAUAAGAAGAGAUUGAAAUGCUCCCAAGUCCCUGGGCACUGAGUCGAGGGGAAUUAAAGCCACACAGGCCACAAUUGCAGAGCUCCAACACAGCCCUGGUGCUGCUGGUGCUGCUGAAAUCAAAUCAACUUACAGAGGCCAUCACAGAAAUUGACCUCUGGAGUGUCAAAUAAAAUGAAAAAAAAAAAACACCAGCAGGAAGACAAAUCUCAACUUCUUCACUCGCUUCAUUGCUUGCUCUGAGCAGCAGAAAAUGGGAAUGCCCAGAGGUAUUUGCAGCUGCUGCUGAUCCCAGCUGCAGCUCAGCCCUGUGCAGAGUCCCAGCAGGAAGCUGAGCCCAGCCCGGGGAGCUCACACAGUGUCAGGGAGAUUCUUUCUCUGAAUUCACUCAGCCUUGCAUUCCCCAGCUACGCCUGGUUACCACCUCCUGUUUUCUAGGCUUAGAACAGCAACAAUGCAAACCUUACCAAUGGCACAACUGCCCAGUCCACAGGGAAAAGGACAGAGAAAUUGUAAAGUUCUCCAGACAUUUGUUCUGCUUUGCUGGAAAAGUCGUGCUGCACUCACAGGAUGGAAAUCCAAGAGAAGCUGGAGUUGGUGGCACAUCUUGUAACAGAAGCUGGACCUCGUUCUCCAUGAAAGGUUCUUGGAAAGAGCAGCUGGGACUGUGGAGAAGAUUGCUGGGAAGCUGAAACAGCUUUCCAGAAGUGAAAUGAAAAUGAAAGAAACAAACCAAGCUGUUUUCCUCAAUUUUUUUCUAUGCUUCCCUUUUUCAUGUUGCACUACUUGUCCAUGCCAUUAAUUCCAAAGGGAUCUCACCUCGAAGAUUGGUGACUUAGUGAGUUUUAGACACUCUAAAGUACCAUGGGCUGUACACACAGUUUGCCUUCCCCUGUUUUUGUUGUCAAGCAGUGCCGGAGACAUAAGUGUAGUGCUUGGGUCGGGCACGAAUCCUGCAGGCAGGGAAUGUGCCCCGGCAGUGUGUGAGCCUGAGCAGGGACAAUGCAGAGCAGCAAGCGAGGGGAUUCCUCUGGCACCGCGCAGGAGUCCGGACUCUGGGUCUGGGCUGCACAGGGCCAAGUUCCCGUGUUUGGACAGGCUCAGGGGCUGCCCCCGGGACGCGCGGGGCUCGGCCGUGGAACGGACACGCGGACAAACGGCCCCGGGGCUUCGGCGGCAGCGGCGGCAGCGACUUUUCGGAAUCUCCGAACUCUGCGACCCUCCUCACCUCCUGUUCCCCCUCUCCCUCUCCCACUGUCCUGCACUGUCUCUCCGUGUCCCGCAGUCUCUCCUGGUGUCCCUUUCCCGGUCUCCCCAGCCCCUCUUGGUGUCCCCGUCUCGGCCUUUCCCUCUCCCCCUGCCGGGCCGGGCCAUGCCCCCGGCCCGCCCCCGGCCCCGGGCGGGGCUGCCCCGUUCCCGUCCCCGGGCGUCCCCCCGCGGUCUCGCCUGGGCCCGGCUCUGGCCGUGCUGGAGGUGGCGCUGCUGGGCCGGGAUCAGUGCCUGGGGCUGGGGCGGCAUCGCCACCCUUUGGCUGCGCCUGGGCCGGGCACAGCCUCGGCCCCGGUGCCGACCCCGAGCCCGGCGCCGCCUCCUCCCGGGCCCCGCGGAGGACACACGCGGCGCGGCCGCUCCCGCCGCCUCCGCUGCGGCUUCCCCGGCCCGAGCUCCGCCGCUCGGCAGCGCAGCCGCCGGCCCCGAACCGCCGGGGCCCGGCGCGGGUGGGGAUGCCCGGCCCGGGCCGCUCGGGGGGCGCUCGGGGGCCGUGUCUGGCCCCGGGCCGAGCGCUGACGGCCGCGUGUCGCCCGCAGGGAAGGCGCAGGAGGCCCUGCAGGACCGGUACCGGCUGGGUUCGCUGCUGGGGCGCGGAGGAUUCGGCAGCGUCUACUCGGGGACACGAGUGUCGGACGGCGCCCCGGUGGCCAUCAAAUGCGUGCCGCGGGAUCGCAUCCGGCUCUGGGGCGAGCUGCCCAACGGCGCCCGUGCGCCCCUGGAGAUCGUGCUGCUGGACAAGGUGUCCGCUGGCUGUGCUGGUGUCAUUCAGCUCCUGGAGUGGCUUGAGCUCCCCACCAGCUUCUUGUUGGUGCUGGAGCGUCCCGAGCGGUGCCAGGACCUGUCGGCUUUCCUGGCGGAGCGGAGGUUCCUGCCGGAGGAGGAGGCGCGGGCGCUGUUCCGCCAGGUGCUGGAGGCCGUGCGGCACUGCACCAGCUGCGGGGUCCUGCACAGGGACAUCAAGCCCGACAACAUCCUGCUCGACCUGGCCACCGGAGAGCUCAAACUCAUCGACUUUGGCUGUGGCGCUUUCCUCCAAGACACAGCCUACACCCAGUUUGCAGGAACCCUGUCCUACAGCCCACCAGAGUGGAUCCAGCAGCAGCGCUACCACGGUGAGGCAGCAACGAUCUGGUCCCUGGGCCUCCUGCUGUACCACCUGGUCGUGGGGAAGCACCCGUUCAGGAGGGGCCAGCAGAUCAUCUGGGGCCGCAUCUUGUUCCCACGAUGGCUCUCUCCAGAGUGCCAGGAUGUCAUUAAGAGGUGUUUGUCCAUGCAACCCUUGGACAGGCCAUCCUUAGAAGACCUCUUCAAUGAUCCUUGGCUGCAGGGCAUUCAUCUGCCCUAGAAGAUGGGAGAGGUCCAUGUGCACAAUUGGAUCCAAAACCUGGCAGGUAACAGCUCCACACAUCUCAUGGCAAUCAGUGCUAAAGAAGAGCAGACUGUUUUUGUCCUGCCUGUAGCUCUGAGCAGGGAUCAUCAGAUGGGAACAUCUGUGCUGGAGCUUAGCUGGAGACCUGCUUCAGCAAGCACUGGUGGCCACCAUCCAUCCUAGUUUUGGUUGUCCUUCUUCACUGAUGGCUGGGGCCCUGGGCAGAACAGUGACAGCCUGCUCUGGCCCCCAGGGAAGGAGGAGCCCCUGGAGAAGCUCUGUCAGGUGGGGCUGCUGCUGGAGACACCAAGGACAACCUCAGGGAUGACAAUCUCUUCCUCCAUCUGGUCAGCAGCAGCUGAAGAUGAUGGAGUUUGAUUCUGGCACCUUCUUCAGAGACACGCUCCAUGCCCAAUCUGCAGGAGUGCCACAACUGAGCAAAACCUGGCGAGUGGAUGGUGUUCCUAAGGCAGUGCAGUCUGGAGCUGAUGGAUGAAGAAUUAAUUGCCCUUCUGCACCUCGAAACCAGAGCAAAAAGCU